UAUCACCUGAACCAACCCACUGGGCGGAGAUUCGCAUAUUGAAGGUUCCUCUCUCCCCUACUCCUUACAGAAUUGUUUUUAUCAAGCCUUCGUCAUUCCGAAUGUUACUCUGUUUGUUGCGAUAAAGGUGGUUUCCGUUAUGUGUCCCUAUCCUAACUCCAGACGUCUAACUGAGGGAGUUUGUCAUGGAUAUUUUUGCGAUAAAGGAGAGCUUUAUUUUUGCUCGGCUCUUCAACUCCAUUGAACUUUUACAUUCAGCUAUCAUCUGCCGUUUGGGAUAACGUUGAGGAAUUUAAACACAGCAAGUAUGCUGCUCUUGGCUCAUCCUCAGGAAAAGUUGUCAUCUGUGUCUGGCCAGUGAGCCGUUCAUCCUCCCCUCAUUGGGUGAAAAGGAUCAAUAUCAGGGGAUCACCACACAGAGAAGAGGUGGGACGAGGAACACUGCUGGUGUUAACCUGGAUAUUAUCCAUCAACAACAGAGCUGCUGAUGUCCAUGUAAAAAGCAAUAAACUUCUGAGAAGGAAAAAAAAAGUACAAAUUGGGUGGUCAUCGUUGUGGCUGGUCACUGAGAUUCUGAGAUAUGGCUUCUAGCCUAACAAGUGCGGGCGUGGUGUGGGCCCUGCUCUCCUUCCUGUGUGCGGCGGCCUCUUGCGUGGGUUUCUUCAUGCCCUACUGGCUCCUAGGGUCCCAGAUGGGUAAACCGGUCUCCUUCGGGACCUUCCGGAGGUGCUCGUACCCGGUGCGUGAUGAGGCUCGCCAGGCCACGGUGAUGCUGGAGCAGUGUGGACGCUACGCCUCGUUCCAGGGCAUCCCUAGUCUGGAAUGGAGGAUUUGUACGGUGAUAAUCGGGUUGGGCUGUGGCCUGUUGCUCCUGGUGGCACUCACGGCCCUCAUGGGAUUCUGUUUGUCUGAUCUCAUCUCCAGGACCAUUGGACGCGUGGCUGGGGGCAUCCAGUUUUUUGGGGCGUUGAUGAUUGGGUCGGGGUGUGCGCUCUACCCUCUAGGUUGGGACAGUGACGAAGUUCGACAGACCUGCAGCAAUAGAUCCAACCAGUUUGAGCUUGGUUCUUGUGAGAUUGGCUGGGCGUUCUACUGUACCGGAGCAGGGGCAUCAGCAGCCAUGAUGUUAUGCACCUGGAUGGCCUGCUUCGCUGGGAAGAGACAGAAGCAGUACCCCUACUGAUGUCAUCAAGGCUGGACAGCCACAGAGACCAUGAUUACCACCUCCCCCAACACCCGUCAUCACUGGCAAUUGAAGAGACUCAGAGUAAAGGAUAAUAUCAGGGGGACAGUGUCUAUGGGCGCAUUCGACAUUGCAGUUGACUUUAAAGGCAGGUCGAGACUGAUCUACAAAUCACCAUCAUAAAUAACUACUCAAUAUUAUUUGUAGAUCAGUCAGUCACAAUUUACCCAUGGAACAUCACAAUUUUGAUGCUCUUGAACACGGCCUGUAUGCCAUAUGUUAGUUAUGCACUCUCAUCAUAAUUGAAGCAGAGCGGACUACCUUGUGGUGCAUUUGGUACUGAGGCAGAAAAUAAUACAACACAACACAUUCGCAAUUACACUCCAUUGUCCAACAGAGCAUUUCAAAAGAGUGGAGUCUACAUACUUUGUAUUCAUUGACAGCAAGAACAACAUCUGUUUCUAUCUCUAUUUUCCUUGGGUUGUAUGGUUGCUUCUCUAUUCCUCCUCCUAUUCUAUUCUGUCUUGUCCCUGUACUAUAACUUUGUGGUAACUGAAGUAGUGGCACAACCAGUGGUAAAGAUAUAUUAAAUUACUAUACUUGUGAUAUUACUUUGUUAUUGUAUUUUACAUCCUGUAUUUAAUAAAUAUGUUAUGUACCCCCACAUUGGCCUAGUAUUGCCUUAAAGACACAUAAAAAGCUAAUUCUCAUGGCGUCGAUAUGAGUCCGAAAUAUUUAUUGUAGCGUCAAAAUGUACUACCAAGUGUAAAUGGGAUAAUUUUGGUCAUAAAGUCAGUCUUGUCCAAAAGGGAGAUUUGCAAGAUUUUAGGAAAGCUUGUAUGUCACAUAAUGAAGGGUACCGUAAGAGUUUUCCUUGGGUUGGGUUUAUUUAAAUCCUGCCCACAGCUGGCAGCACCCAAGUAAUCAUCAAUUUGGAGCACAGCUGCACGCAACCUGAUGCAAUGUUCAAUUUGGAUUGACAUUCAAUAUCCCUAUGGGGCUGGUUAGGGACCAUCAGUAAAUGACACAAUGUACCUGGGACAAUAUUUUAAAAGGUCAAAAGCUCCACAUUUCAAUGACUUAAAUCUCAAACCAACUAUAAAUUGGAGAAAUUCAUAUACAAAUAUUGAAAGUUAAAAGAUGUGCAACAUGACAAUAUUGAAACAUACGUUGUGUCAUUUAUUUGUCCCUAACUAGAGCCAGAGAUAGGCUAUCCAAUGUCAAACAAACUUUGUCACUGUGUUACACCAGUGGGCUGUAGCUAAUUGGUGAAAUAAGUUUGCUUGCACUAGCUAGCCUAGACUUCAAGACUCGAGACCUGUUUCGACUGUUUCAAGUUAUCUAGAAGGUUGAGUGACUGUACUGUUGUGGCAGAGUGAUUUUACACACAUGAGACACCCACGUUAAACCACCACUCCAAAACAACUCUUGUUUGGCUUCAGUCAUGACUGCUGCAUUUCUUAAUGUCCAAGCCAAAUAACGAGGCCAAAAGUUCAGCACCCCUUUAAAUAUAUAAACCCUUACUGGUAUCUUGCAAUCAUUUUUAACUGUUAUCAUGUCAGUAACUAUUUACAGUAUAGCUAUAAAACAGGAUAUGUUGAAGUCCCUGAAUGUAUGUCUGGCAUAUGUUUUUGUGUGUGUAUGAUGUACAGUAUAUUGUACUAUAUAACAUUACAUUUGAAUGAAACACAAUAGAUUUGACCCUGUAAAUAAAUUGUUACUUUAAAGUCUUAAUAAAUAUUCACAAACCUUU